UUGAGUCACCUCUUCUCAUCGUUUGAUUUGUACUGUUAACGAUGGCGGAUACUGCGGUAGCAACAGCUCCAAGUGCAACACCAGCGCAGGCUUCUCCAAAGAAAACGAAGUCUACUAAGAAGCCGCGUGCUAAGCAAGUUCAUCCUAGAACGUCUGAAAUGGUGAGCAAUGCCAUUAAAAGCUUGAAGGAGCGUGGUGGGUCGUCGCUCCAGGCUAUAAAGAAGUAUAUUGCUGCGAAUUACAAGGUCGACUGUGAGAAAUUGGCGCCGUUUAUCAAAAAGUAUCUGAAGGCUGCAGUUGCGUCUGGCGAGUUAGUGCAGACGAAAGGCAAGGGAGCGUCUGGUUCGUUCAAGUUGUCUUCUACUGGUGCACCCGAGAAGGCGGUAGUUCCUGCGCCGCCUGCUCCUUCUCGUGUCAGGGGGUCUUCUACUUCUGCCGCAAAGCUGAAGAAGAAACAGCAACAAGCGAAGGCUAAAUCCCCGAAAAAGGCUCCUGAGAAAAGGAAGCAGGCACCAGCUCCGAAGCCAAAGAAGUCCCCAUCGAAGGCUAAGAGGGCAACGAAAGUGCCCACCAAGAAGCCUAAAGCACCACGACCCAAGACUGCUGCGAAGACGAAGGCGCCAAAGAAGGGAAGUCCUAAGAAGAAGUGAAGUGUUUUAAGUAUCUGAAGUCGGGGAAGGGAAAAUCGGCCCUUUUCAGG